CAACUACGGAGACGCGCAUUUAUACAACAAUGAAGAAGCUGAGCAUAUUGUUCCUGACCGUUGUGGUUGCGCGAGCGCAAUUCCCAAAUGGAAGGAUUUUAGAGCCACCAGUGCCCUCACAGUGCGUCCAGAGGGUAAUACACGAGAGAUAUGCUGACAACAAAGGCUACUUCUUCUCUUGGAGAGACCCCGCCCUAAGAGGUGUGGAGGAGGAUUGGCUCAGCGCCAGGAACUACUGCAGGCAGCGUUGCAUGGACCUCGUGUCGUUGGAGACCAGCGAUGAGAACGAGUGGGUCAAAGCACGCAUCGCUCAAGACAAGGUGAAAUACAUCUGGACAUCGGGCCGUCUCUGUGACUUCAAGGGCUGCAAUCGUCCCGACUUGCUGCCCAACGAUGUCAACGGCUGGUUCUGGACGGCCGAGCUGCAGAAACUGGCGCCCACCACCAACAGACAGCAGAACGACUGGUCAGAGGGCGGCGGCAUCGGAAAACCUCAACCUGACAAUCGGGAAUUGAUCCAAGGUGGCGCGUCGGAGCACUGCCUGGCGAUACUGAACAACUUCUACAACGACGGUGUCCAUUGGCAUGAUGUGGCUUGCCAUCACAGGAAACCCUUCGUUUGCGAGGAGAACGAUGCCCUGCUCAAAUACGUCCGCUACACCAACCCUAAUCUCAGGGUGUGAAAACGCAGCAUUCCCAAAGUCUACCUACUAUAAGAUUAAGAUAUUAUGAAAACAAACACUGCCCAAAAGUCAAUUUUAAUUUAAUAUGUAACUCUUCGAAAUUAACUAAGCGGUGCUAGCUUUACGAUUACCUCA